GCAGGGUAUUCUGAUAUUUAUUCGAAAAUCCCAUACACAUAUACUGGAUACCUUAGAAAUUGUUUAUAAUUUCGAGAUGAAAUAUUAAAAAAUAAAGUGUAUGGGAUAGAAAUUUUUUUUUCCAUUCGAAUCUCUCCAGCCUAAAUUUAAAAAUAAUUUAAAUUGCUUGCUAAUUUAAUUUUUAUAUUAAGAGAAAUUAAUAAAAUUAAUAUUUUUUAAUAAAAAUAGUGAAAUUUAGAAAAAAGUUUUUUUUUUUUGCGAAAAAAUGGUAUAAAAAAAGAAAUUAAAAGGUUUUUUUUAUGUAAAUGUUACUAUACAUUACUAUAUAAUGUUCACUUAUGUGUCUAUAUUGUAUAAAUAUUUAUAUACAUAAAAUACAUAUAUAAAAUAUAAAAAUCUAUACAAUAAAGGUUUUCGGUAAUACUACAUAUAGAAUUUUUUUUUAAGCAAUGUCUGACAAUCAGCAAAGAAUUAAAUGUUUAAGUGAAGAAGUUAAACAAAUACGAUUAUUGUCAAAUUCAGAUGUUAAAUCAAAUUCACUUAAUAAUUCCGUAAAAGAUUCAACAAAGCCAUUAAAAGUCCAUAAUCAACAUCAUAAAUCAAAUAUUGAAACAACAAAAACUACUGAAAAUGUUGUUGAUGGAACAUUUGGAAAUUCAGAGAAACCAAUUGGUUGGAUGUAUGGUCUAUUUGGAUGUAUGAAACCAAUAUUAUCACUUAUUGGUAAAUCGGGUGUAAUAGAAAUAAAGGGAAAUUUUUCUGAAGAUUGGGAAAUACCAUUUGAAGCUAUAAGUGAACUUGAAUGGCUUGGAAGUGGAGCACAGGGUGCUGUAUUUCGUGGAAAAUAUAAAAAUGAAUGUGUUGCCGUUAAAAAAGUGCGAGACAUCAAAGAAACGGAUAUUAAACAUUUAAGAAAGUUAGAUCAUCAAAAUAUUAUUAAAUUUAAGGGUGUUUGCUCACAGUCGCCAGUGUACUGCAUUGUAAUGGAAUAUUGUCCAAACGGACCUCUGCAGAAUAUAAUAAAAAGUGAGAGUUCUUUACUUCCGGCACGAUUACUUUCAUGGGCUAAGCAAAUAGCACGAGGAAUGCAGUAUCUACACCAACAUAAAAUUAUACAUCGCGAUUUAAAAAGUCCAAACAUAUUGAUAGGGCAAAACCAAGUUGUCAAGAUCAGUGAUUUUGGAACUAGUCGUGAAUGGAACGAGGUCAGUACGAAAAUGAGUUUUGCCGGAACAGUAGCAUGGAUGGCACCAGAAGUUAUUCGCAAUGAACCAUGCUCUGAAAAAGUUGAUGUUUGGUCAUUUGGUGUUGUUUUGUGGGAAAUGUUAACAUGUGAAAUCCCUUACAAAGAUGUAGAUUCUUCUGCAAUAAUAUGGGGUGUUGGAAAUAAUUCUCUACAGCUACAUAUACCAUCAAGUUGUCCGGAAGGAUUUAAAUUGUUGGUUCAACUUUGUUGGAAUACAAAACCUAGGAAUCGACCAUCAUUUAGGCAAAUCUUAUCACAUAUAGAAAUUGCAGGGUCGGAAUUAUUAAAAGAUUGCGAUAUAGACUUUAUUAAAAAACAAAGUUGUUGGAAGGAGGAGAUUCGUAAUCAUAUGAAAAAAAUUACGCAAAAUGGUACGAACAUACACAAAUAUGAAGAAGAUUUAAUUAAACGUAGAACAGCAGAAUGGCAACAUGCUCAAGAUAUUCGUAGAGUUUACGAAGAUAGAUUGGAGAAAACAAAUAAGCUAUUUCUCGAGUUGAGUGAGUGUUUGACACAGCUGCAGGAAAAAAGAAAAGAAAUUACUGAGUUGGAAAAAAAACUUUGCAGUUAUAAACCUUCACGAAGAAUCGGAAAUACGUUUCGUAAAUUUCAAUAUUAUAGGGGAAAAAUGAGUAAUUCUUCAUCAUUAAAUUCAUGUGAUCAGUCGACCACACCUAGUCCUAAUACAACUCCAGAGAGUCCUGUGAAAGCAACUUUGUAUUCACACUUUACGGAUCUUGAACAACCGAGAUCAGUUGCUGUUACAUCACAAACAAAGUACCGUAAAAGUAGAUACCAUCGAAAAAAUUUGGGUUGUUAUGCUUUGAUAACAAAAAUGAAUAGAAAUAGAACAGAACAGUGCCUAAAUGAUAUUAUAUUACCCGAUAAACCACAAUUAAUGAAUUCUGAAACUCAAACUAAUAUAUUGGAUCUUACACAUAGUGAAAAUUUAAAUAUGGUGUGUGAUCAGACAAACAAUGGGCUAUCGCCUGAUGAUAUUUUAACCAUGAAUGCAGAAAAAAAAUUGCCAGGAAUCUCAUCAGAACAAAAAGAAGACAAAUAUGAAGAAGAAACUACUUGCUUUCGUCCACAACAUUUAAAUUUAUUAAAGAAACAAUCGCAGUCAUUAGAUAUAGAACAUAUUUUGUUACAGAGUCCCAAUGGAAAUUCAAAUAUUUGCAAAACUUUUCCUAUGCAAUUAGAAAAUGCACAUAAGAAAUGGACAAAACACUCUCGAAAACCAGAAACUGUCCCUAAUAUAAAUGAUAUUAAUCAGAACAAUGAUAUUACUAGUGAUACAAAUUCAUCAGAUGACAAAGCAAAUACUAUUGACGAUGACAAUAUUUUUGAUCAAUGUGAUUGCGAAAAUUUUUACCAGAAUAAUGUCAAUAACAAUAAUGAAAAGCUUCACUCAGAUGCAAAAAGUUGCAACUUGAAUGAAAAUUUGCACUCAUCUGAACAAGGCCAUAAUGACAAUUAUGCCAAACAAAAUUGUACUGAUUUAAAUCGUUGUAGUUUCUCUAAAAUUAAAUUACCUUUGUACAAAAACCUUCAUACUUGUACUGAUCGCAGUUCACCUAUUAAUAAAAUGUCUACUGUAAGCAGCUCAAAUAAUUUAACACAAGAUGAUUGGACUGAUGACGAAGAAUUCAAUAAAAAUUUUCUCAUACGUCGCAAAAGCGGUACCCGACUUCCGAUAAGAGGAAAGUACCGACGAUGUUAUAAACAAAAAAUUAAGCAAGUUAUUCCUGUAGAAAAAUCAGAUGAUGAUAGUAUUUCUGACAGCUAUUCGGAAGAUAUAUGCAAUUUACAAAACAAAUCGCAUUUUAUUGGAAUAAAAGAUAGUAGUAUGCGCUUGGAUACGUAGAAUAAUAAGUAGUAAUAAAGAUGCAAAAAUUAUUGUAAUGUAUAUAUUUUAUAUAAUAAUAUUAAAUGAAUACCUGAACUUGAGAAUAAAUUAAUAACAAUUUUUUCAAAGAGUCGAUAAAUAAAAUUACAAGAAGCUUAGAGUUU